AUGACCAGGGGAGAAGCCCUGUCCUUACUUCAGGACUUUGUCGACCGCUCUUACCAUCUUCUUCUAAUCAUCCAUGAAUCUUCUACUCGCUCUCUGGUCGACCAGUUCUACACACGGCUGUCCAAUGGUCAGCGCGUCAACCCGAGCCAUGCAUCCCUGAUUCUCAGCAUCUCUGCUAUCAGUGCCUAUUUCUGGGACGAAAGCACCACGAGUCAUCACGGUUUUGCCUCUGCCGCUGAAGCAAUACAGGCAUCCCUUGUUUGGCGCACAUCGGCCUUGGACAUCCUGGACGGGCCACGGCGAGGGUCUUACCCCUGUCUUGAAGAGAUUCAAGCCCGUGCUAUUCUGGCAUAUCUGGUCUACAGUUGGGAGGGCUGCUCUGCCCGCUUUAGAUUCCUGCAUAGCGGUUCGCUGGUUCUUGCUCGGGAAAUGUCCCUUCAUUUGACAGACAGUCCGAGAUCUGAACAAAACGACAGUCCAAUAACCAAAGAGAUCAAGAGACGAUUGUGGUGGCAUCUUGCUUCCACCGACUGGAUGCUUGGUUUCAUGGGGGGCCCUUUCGAUGGCACAUAUACAGUGCAGCCACGCCAUAUGAAUGUCAAAUAUCCACGGAACCUCAACGAUAACGACUUGAACAUGUGUGACAGCACGUUCACCUAUCCCAUUAAUAUCCCAACACAAAUGUCGUGUUUCAUUCAGCGAAUCCGUCUCUCGGAAAUAUGCCGAGCAAUUAUCGACUCCAGAACGCCAGGCCUCCCUGAUAUGGAGGUUAUAGAGUACAGUCAAGUCCUCGCGUUAGACCGUCUUUUUGAAGACACCAUCUCUGAAUUGCCUCCUUUCCUGCAACUUGAUGGUCCCAUCCCUCCUGAAGCACCCCGUCAUCUUGCCCUACAACGGUCGAUCAUCCAACUGGGAUUACAUUCCCGACGUGCACGUCUUCACCGUCCCUUUCUUUUGGAGGAGACACAUGACCCGCGGUACCAGACAUCCCGUGUGAUAUGUCUACGGUCUGCACGCAUUGCACUUUCCAUCUCCACGAGGAUAUUAGAGAGCUCGUUGGGUCUCCACCCGGCUUCUCCAGGGGCACCGCCAUCGCAUCGUGUCGGCGUAGUCAUCGGUUCCAUGUUCGUGGCUUGUACCGUGUUGGCAUUGAGUGCAGGGCAAAGCUCUAAUGGUGGUCGCACGGCUCCUACAAUAGAGGAGACAGGAUUAGAUAUCGAUGUACAUGCUGAGCUGGCAAAUGCUUGUCGCAUCCUCGCUGCGAUUGGGGAGAAAUCGACUCUAGCAGCUGGACUUGUCCGCAGUCUGACCGGCAUCCUACGGCAGUAUCGAGUCAAGGGCGUGGAUUCUGUCCAGACUCUACAUGGAAGUCGUGAUGCGGAUACUGAUGCAGGUCCGGUACACAAGGAAAAUCCUGAGAUGAGCGAAGGCCAGAAACCGUCUGAGGCUGUGAGCAGCGACGAUGCUGAACCCGGACUCGAUCAGCUAUGGGAUGAAUUUAUGAAUACCAUGCCGAUGAUUGAGAGCUGGGACCAGCUCCUAGCUGAUCUGGACUCUUACUUUCUGGCGUGA